AUGUAUAAGAAAGCUAUGAAAAUUUUAUUUGUCUUCAUGGUGAUUUGGAUUUUAUCUCUAUGGACAAUACAGCAGGAAUUUGGAACAGAAAAUAAUGUGGUAUUUUUUAAAGACGAUCAAUUGUACAACCGAGCAUUAAAUAGGUUGAGAGAUAAAUAUUGGAAUAAGAAUAAGGUUUACACGGAAUCAGAUUUCGAUGUUUGGCAAUUAUUCAAACCAGUGAAUAUUAUUUUAUCUGAUGAACAAAAACUGUCAGCUAUCAAAAGUUCUGAUAUACCUCCAGGAAUAAACGGUACCCCAGUGAUCUUAGAAGGAUAUUCAAGAUAUUCCCUCAAGGCAGUAAUAAAUAAAGGCUGGAGAGAUCACGCAUUUAAUCAAUUUGUGAGUGAUUUGAUACCUCUAAAUCGUACUCUACCAGAUCCUAGAGACAAAUGGUGUACAAAACAAAAGUAUUCUAAGUUACCCAAAGUAUCGAUAGUGAUAUGUUUCCAUAACGAAGCAUUAUCAACGUUACUGAGAACUCUUCAUUCCGUUAUAAACAGAACACCGAAUCAUUUAAUAAAUGAAAUUGUUUUAUUUGAUGACUUUUCUAACAUGGAUAAUCUCAUGAAACCACUUGAAGAUUAUAUAGGAAAUGUUUCUAAUACAAUUUUAGUAAGGUCUAAAAAUCGUAAAGGUCUAAUUAGAUCUAGAAUAUUAGCUAUUACACAUACAACAGCACCAGUAAUUGUUUUUUUAGAUAGUCACUGCGAAUGUACAAAAGGUUGGAUUGAGCCACUUCUUGAUCGAAUUAAACAAAACCCAACCAAUGUCGUGAGUCCCGUAGUCGAUCAAAUACAUGACUCGACAUUUGAAUAUAUAGCUCAAGACAUAAAUGAUCUUCGUAUUGGCGGGUUUAAUUGGAAUUUGAAAUUCAGUUGGUCGGUGAUACCACGUGAAAUUUUAAUGAAAAGAAAAGAACUUUCCGCUCCUAUAAAAACGCCAACAAUAUCAGGAGGACUGUUUGCUAUAAACAAAAAGUAUUUUGAAAAACUUGGAUAUUAUGAUGAAGGUUAUGAUAUUUGGGGUGCGGAAAAUUUGGAGUUGUCUUUCAAAGUGUGGAUGUGCGGGGGUUCUUUAGAAAUUGUGCCGUGCUCUCAUGUCGGUCAUGUAUUCAGAAGGAGGGUGCCCUAUAAAGGUGAAAAGGGAUCAUUGAGGAGGAAUUUGGUGCGGUUGGCUGAGGUAUGGAUGGAUGACUACGCCAAAUAUUUUUACGAAAGAAUUGGAAAUGAGAAAGUGCAAUACGGAAAUGUUACUAAACGAAAACAAAUACGUAACAAAUUGAAAUGCAAAUCGUUUGAUUGGUAUUUAAAAAACGUCUACCCACAAUUACAGUUGCCUGAUAAAUACGUUGCUAGUGGACAGAUCUUCAAUAUGGGUCAUCAAACAAUGUGUUUAGAUACAUUGAGCACAUUUCCAAGCACUAAAAAUGUUAAAAUCCUACCUUGUCAUCAUCGAGGCGGCAACCAGUAUUGGGUCUACACAAAGGAUGGAGAAAUACGUCGUGACGAAAUGUGUCUCGACUACAUAUUUAAUUUAGUGACGUUAUUUGUAUGUCGGAGACGAGUUUCUUCACAAAUAUGGCUUUAUGAGUAUAGGUUUAACCGUAUAAGACAUAUGGAAACUCAAAGGUGUCUGCAAGUUGUGAGAUAUGCGGAAAGAUUAGAGCUUAUAUUACAAACAUGUAGCCAUUUAAGCGCCCAAAAAUGGACUAUGGAAAACUAUAAUGUAGAACGGUUAGGGCCAGAGUUACAAAUAUAUGCUAAAAGGCAAAUGUGA